GUAAUUGGAUAUGUAAGAAAGUCUCCUGGCAAAGAGAAAAUGGAAACUCGAAUUCGUCUUCUACAAAAAAUGACGGACAGGUUAUUUUUCAGGUCUCUGGUUGAUAAGAGCGUUGUCUCGGCUACAGUGUGUCAAAUGAAACGAUUGCAAUCAAGAGUUUUUUUUACUGUUAUCUUUUUUUUUAACAAUAUAUCUUUUCAUUACUUUAUCUUUUUUAUACUUUUGUCUUUAUUAUUUUGA